GAUGAUUCCGGUUAGUUUCUUUGUAUUUUGUGCUUCGAAUCUCUUGUGAGUCGUGCACAAUGAAGCGUUAUAAGGUUGCGAAAAAUCUCCAAUGGUUAUCUCGGUAUCAGAAUUAAGUUUUUCUUCAAAGGUGGGUGAAAUCUUCACUGCAGCUGGUGUCGCCUUCAACAAGCUGGGUGAACUCACAAUGCAGCUGCAUCCAACUUCAGAUUCGCUAGCAGGUAAAUGGACUGAGGAGGACAUUGAGAUGCUCCGUCACUCAGUAAGGGCUUUCAGCGAAGAAUUGAACAAAAUAAGUGAACACAUCAAGAGUCGAACGGUUUCUCAGAUACGAACUACCUUGAAGAAGAAAGCAUUCGAAGAAGCCGGAAUAUCCGUUAGACAACAACAGAUGCUUCCUCAGCAGACACAACAAUCAACAUUAGUUCAGCAACAGGUCGUUAAGCAACAGUCCACAUCCGGAAAUCAAAGUUUGAUAGGAAAAUCGGCGGAUGUGACGCUCAAUAUGUUGAACGCACCUGAAACGGAAGUGGAUGUAGAAGGACUUCCCGAGGAAUGUCAAGUAAAACUUGAAUUCGAAGAAGGCGCUACCGAGGAAGUUACUGGUUAACUUAUCGCCUAAGUUAACUGAGUAAACUAAGCUAAGGACUUGACGAUACAAAGUUUUCUAUCAUCUAAUUGUUCAUUGAUCGUUCGAAUUUUAACUAGUUUUAAGCAUCUUGAUCGCAUAUAAGCUCAUAAGUUACCUUUUUACAACAAAUGUAUGAAACUAAUUUAAUACCAUAUCGUUUUCGUAUGAGCUUGAAAAAGAUAUUUGGAUUUUCAAUUUUUAUUUGCAAAAUGUAUACUAGUUUAUUUUUGACUAUAAUUUUUAUAGCGCACUAACGCAGUAUUGCUAGUGUACAUAUAGAUUAACAAAUACAUAUAGAUUAGUGUGUAAUUUUUAUUAUAGGAAGUUUAUCUUUAUUUGAGGAAAUAAGCAUAGUUUACAACAUUCAGAAAAGUAUAAUGGAACUGCAAUAAUCGUAAAAUAUGAUUCUUUAUGGAUAGAGAUAUUUUACAAAAUUUAUUUACAUAUUUAUUUUUCUGUUUCUAUUAAAAUGCUCUAUCAAAAAUUUAAGUAAUAUAUACGUAUAUCAAUGCUAUUGAGCAAUAAUAAUAAGUUUAAAAAUUGUGAGAUUUUUAUAGUUGUGUAACGUCGAAAUAUUUUUGCUUUAAAAAUUUAUAUGCAAUAAAUUGUAUUUUUUUAA